UGUUUAAAAUAUGAAAGAAGAAAAUAUGCGUAAGGGACCUUGGUAUCAAGAAGAAGAUGAUCGACUUAAAGCUUUUGUUACACUUUUGGGUGCACGACGAUGGGAUUCUGUUGCUAGAAUUUCAGGGUUACAAAGGAGUGGAAAAAGUUGCAGGUUAAGAUGGUUGAACUAUCUGAGACCAUGCUUAAAACAUGGUGCUAUAACUCCUCAAGAGGAGCAAAUUAUACUACAACUCCACCAAACAUGGGGAAACAAAUGGGCUAAAAUUGCUAGAAGAUUACCGGGAAGAACCGACAAUGAAAUCAAGAAUUAUUGUAGAACUCAUUUGAAGAAGAAAAUACAUAUUCAAACUUCAUUGAACAAUAAUAUUACCUCUUAUUCAUCUAGUAAUGUUUUCUCCGAGGAAACAUCUUCAUUCAGUGAUAAUACAGACAAUUAUUCAAAUCACAUUAAGGAUUCACUACAACAAGGUAAAAGUGUCACUAUGAUAGAAACAAGUAAUAAUUGUAAAAUUAACACAAUAUCUACUGAUGAAAGUUGUAUUGGACUUGUAACCGGUCAUAACUUUAAUUGUGACUAUAGUACUAAUAAGGGAGUAGAAUCAAAUUGCAUGAUCACAAACUCGCCAUAUGAAAUUCGGUUAACCAAUUGGUUAAAUAUAUUGUCGACUGAGCAAAGUGAAGAGUUGAUUAGUGCAACAGGAUGUUCGGAAAGCAUUGAUUCUUCGGAGUUUUGUUAUGAUUAUCCUAUGAAUUGGUCAUGUCUUGGAGAAGGAAGUGCAUGGGAUGAGUUUUUAGAUAGUAAGUGGGAUAUGGAUUUGUUCAAUAAUCUUACCUUGAUGAUUCCCAUUUUGCCUUUGCUAAUCGACGAUCAUGAGAAGAGAAUUAGACAAGAGACAGUGAUCAGAGAAAACCAAUUCGAUUUCAUGCCAAGAAGAUCAGCCACUGAGGCUAUUCAUGUUUUAAGGAGACUAAUGGAAAAAUAUAGGGAGCGAAAGAAGGAUUUGCAUAUGAUUUUCAUCGACUUGGAGAAAGCGUAUGAUAGCAUAAUAGAACGCAUCAUCUGGGACAGCCUCAAGGCUAGAGGUAUUUCAUCAAGGUACAUUGAGGCUAUAUGA